AUGGCGCCGCAAAUGUUGUCCGCCGCCUCCAAGUUGACGUUCAAGGUCCAUCGACGGCAGCCGGAGCUGGUUUCUCCGGCGAGGCCAACACCACGAGAGGUCAAACCACUUUCCGACACGGACGACCAACAAGGACGGCUUAGAUUCCAUGUCCCUCUUAUCUUUUUCUACAAGUUUAGGGACGAUGAAAACAAUGGUGGCAAGAACAGGGAUCCGGUUGAAGUGAUUCGCAAAGCACUGGCUGAAACGCUCGUUUAUUAUUACCCAUUUGCCGGCCGCCUCCGAGAAGGGUCUGACCAUAAACUGGUGGUCGACUGUAACGGCGAAGGCGUGAUGUUCAUCGAGGCUAAUGCUGACGUGUCGCUUCACGAGUUCGAGGACAAUAUUCUUCCUCCUUUCCCCUGUUUCGAGGAGCUUCUCUUUGAAGUGGAGGGUUCCGAUAAGAUACUCAACUCUCCCUUGCUUCUCAUUCAGGUCACACGUCUGAAAUGCGGCGGCUUUAUCCUCGCCCUCCACUACAACCACACCAUGGCGGACGCUGUCGGACUCUCUCUCUUCUUGAGAACGCUCGGCGAGCUAGCGCGUGGUGCUCACGUGCCAUCCGUUCUACCCGUCUGGGAUCGUCUCCUACUCAACUCUAGGGUCCCGGCGCGUGUUACGCACGCGCAUCGCGAGUACGACAUAACAGAACCAGUGGCUGAGGCCGACGCCGUCACGUGCGACGACAAGGUCCAGCGCUCUUUCCUCUUCAGCCCGUCGGAUAUCUCCGCCAUACGUCAACUCCUCCCUCCAGAACAACGCGACCGCGCCACCGAUUUUGAAACCCUAACGUCAUUCAUCUGGCGAUGCCGCACCGCCGCCCUGAGGCUCGACCCGAACACGGAAAUGCAAUUGAAGUGCGUAGUGAACGCUCGUCCUAAACUCAAGAACCCGCCCCUACCGCCUGGAUACUACGGAAAUGCAAUCACGGCUUCCGUAGCGAUCUCCACCGCGAAAGAACUGACAGAACGCCCGCUCAAUUUCGCCCUGCGGCUCGUGCAGGAAGCGAGAUCGAGCGUUACAGAGGAUUACUUCUGGUCCGCGGUGGAUUUAUUGGCGACAUCAAAGGAUCGGCCGCUUUCUGAAACGGCCACAACCUUCGUUGUCUCGGAUGCCAGACACAGUGGGAUCCAAAACGUGGAUUUAGGGUUCGGAAAGCCACUGUACGGCGGCGUUGCCAUGGCCGGGGCAGGGGAUUUCCCAGGAAUGAGCUUUUACGAAAGGUAUAAGGACAAAAAGGGCCAGAUUGGAACAGUGGUUCUGAUGUGUUUGCCGGCGCCGGCGAUGGAAAGGUUCUAGAAGGAAGUGAACGGUUUGUUGAGUGAUCAUCUCUGUUUCGGACAAAGGAAGUGAAAACCCAAAGUGUGUUAUUAAGUCUACGCUUUAGGUACAAUAAAGAGGAGAGCCUCUUGUUCGCUGAGAGGGUUCCGGUUUUGAGAAAACCGGCAGAAAACCGGUCAAUGCCGA